GCUCCGCUGCGCUCAUAGAUAUAUAUACAUAUAUAUAUCCGCCUGGUUGAUUAAUUUCCUCGUUGUCGGACCGCCAUGGCCUUCCCUCCUCUUCUCCUCCUCCUCUCCCUCUUAAUCCUCGCGGCGAUCUUCUGCCGAUGCGUCUACCUCUUCUUGUGGAUUCCGUUCAACAUUCAGCUUCAUUUCCGGCGGCAGGGGAUCUCGGGGCCCCCGUUGAGGCUUCCUUUCGGAAACGCGCGAGAGAUCGUUCGGUUCAUGAAGGAGGCGCAGGCGAAGCCCUUGCCGGCUUUUCACCAUGACUUCGUGGGCAGGGUGCUUCCCCACUACAUCCACUGGACGUCCCUGUACGGCAAAUGCUGCCUCUUCUGGUUCGGCACCCAGCCGAGGCUAGCCAUCCCUAAGCCGGAACUCAUCAGGGAGGUUCUCCUCAACCCCAAGGGUGACUUUGAGAGGCCCGAGUUCAACCCGCUCUCCCGGCUGCUCAUCGGCGACGGCCUCGUCGGCCUUCGGGGCAAGAAGUGGCUCCGUCACAAGCGGAUCAUCCUUCCCGCCUUCCACGUCGAUCACAUCAAGGGGAUGGUUUCCGCCAUGGUUGCUAGCACAGAAGGCAUGCUGGAAAGAUGGGUGAAAGAAACCGGUGAAGGGCCAAAGGAGGUCGACGCAUUCCAAGAGUUUCACGUCCUGGCAGCCGACAUUAUCUCUAGAACUGCAUUCGGGAGCAACUAUGAGGAAGGGAAACGCAUCUUCAGCCUGCAGGAAGAGCAGACGACCCUUGUGUUGCAGGCGUUGCGUUCCGUCUACAUCCCGGGCUUCAGGUUCAUUCCUACACAAAAGAACAGAGAGAGGUGGAGAAUUGAGAGCGAGAUCAGGUCUUUGCUGCGCGUGCUGAUUGCUGGCAAGAAGGAAGAACUAAAGGAGAAAAGCAUGAACCUACUGGGCUUGAUGCUUUCGGCGAAUGACAAAGAGAGGGAGGAACAGAGGAUGAGCACGGAGGAAAUCGUGGACGAGUGCAAGACCUUCUACUUUGCCGGCAAAGAAACGACUGCCAACUUUCUAACGUGGACCGUUCUUCUUCUCGCAUUGCACAAGGAAUGGCAAUCCAAAGCGCGUGAUGAAGUUCUUUCUGUGUUCGGACGCCAUGGACAUAUAGAUGCAGAGAGCUUGGGUCAACUCAAAAUUGUGGAGAUGGUCCUGAAGGAGUCUCUCCGGCUUUAUCCUCCAGCCGUCUUCCUCCGUCGUGAGGUUUGCAAGGACACGAAGCUUGGCGAUCUAACUCUACCAGCCGGCGUGGAAGUUUACUUGCCGAUCCUAGCCGUCCAUCACGACGCCGACCUCUGGGGCCCGGACGUAUCUGAGUUCAACCCGGCGAGGUUUUCCAACGGGUCCAGCAACCCAGCUGCUUUCUUCCCCUUCGGAAUGGGGUCUAGAGUGUGCAUUGGCCAGAUCCUAGCCAUGACAGAAGGAAAGGUCGUCAUCUCCAUGAUCCUGCAACAGUUCUCUCUUGAUGUCGCUCCUACUUACGUGCAUGCACCCAUGCCGAUGAUGACCUUGCAGCCCCAAUAUGGGGCACAAGUGGUCCUUCACAGGUUGUCCUAGACCAUGGCAGAUCAUAAGAUCUACCAAAUCAUAUUGUUAAACUACGCCCGCUACAUUUCUACUAUCGAUCGGGUGAUAAGCGGCUAAUGGGAUUUAGAGGAGUUUAACAAUGUGAUCUGGUAGAUGAGUAGCUCUUUACUUUGGCUCUUUGAAAGAUCACACGAAGACUAGCUCUGCAUCAAGGUGUCUGGUUGUUCUCAAAAUAAAAUCAUUUUACUAAUUGCCUUGUUGUAAUUUGUUCUUCUAUGACUUGGGUGUAAGCUCAGAACUGGUUGUAUAUAAUUAGAUAUCAUGUUAAUUUCAACAAUUAGCUGCUUUCAGUUAUAAUAAUCUUGUGCAGCUUCCCUUCCUGCUA